CAGUUGUCGUUGUCUACUCACGCUGACGAAACUUGGAUACUAUUAGUGGAUUAUCGUUUUUAUUGAUUGGCUUGCGCGAGAUCAAUCCCGAACAACUGUGUAAUUCUAUAUGAGCAAUUGUUCAAACAAGUUACACAUGUUGAAACUCGUCAAUAUCAAGGGUACGAACUUCUCAUAAUGGACUUUCUCGUCGCAAUUGCCUUCGGUAAACCAGCAGAAUUUCAUUUACACGAAAAUACACAUGUGUCGGGUGAAUUCAGAGGUUGCGACGUAGAAUGUUCCAAGGUUUUUGUCAGGAACUUGGAGACACCAAUGGGAACGAUACCGGAAGCCAUCCUCCGAAGCAGUGACAUAAUUUGUUUAGACAUAGACAACAUUGAUAUCGAUGAGUGAAGGAUAGACGUGUGUGAGUUAAGCAGAUGAAAAUUGCAAUGCCCAAACGUGUUGUAAAAAGAAAUUUAUUUUUUUAAUGUAUUAUUUAGAAUAAUAUAUAUGCAAACAUAA